AUGUCUCAGUGGUCUACCAUUGCCCUGUUCUUGGGCUGCUCGCUGAUUGGUCAGAUGAACACUGUGGUUGCGGUUGAUCGAUUUAUAGCUACCGUAUUUCCGAUUUGGUAUUUUCAAAGCACUAAUCGAUAUCCGGUCAUUGUUCUAUCGAUCGCAUAUUGUAUUUCGAUAGCCACCUUGUUGUUGAACUGGAUUCUCGUUAUCACUAAUGACACAGAGGAACAAAAAAGGAUCAGUUUUCAAUGCUCGUUUUCCGAUUCAACGUAUCCAGGAUUC